GGAAUGGUUACUUUUUAAUGUACAUGACCCAGCACUUUCUUGACACAUACAGCAAAUAUAAGCAGAGUGAGGAAGGGCAAUGCAAAAGAGAUCUCAGUAGGAACAUGUUGAGCAAAGGUGGGGGUAGUAAAGAUAGGAGAAUGAAGCAUGAGGAAGAAUUGAGCCCUUGAACUCUGGGUUCCAACUUCCUUGGCACAGAUAUGUGCUCAGAAAGAGGAGCAAAAACAAGCCAAAUUGAUAACCUGGUCUGCCUAGUGUGAUCCUGAUGGUUUUGGUGUCUGUCAAGUUAAUGCUCAAAAAAGGAUUGAGACAGGACAGUUAAGAAGUCCUUUUGUUUACCAUUAUAUAUUUCUAUGUCUCUAGCUACUGAUAUUUCUAGAAGAUGCAACAUAACAUUUAAUCUCACCUCAUUCUGUAAUUUAAGAUAUGUGAUUUUAACCUGUACGAUACUACAAAAAUGCAUGAUGAGGAAGCCGAGGAUGACAUCUCUAUGCAGCUUGUCAUUCAGCAAAGCCUGCAUGACAUACCCGGGAGCAAGACGGUGACUAUUGCAAAGAGUGACAGGUGUGCCCUGCCUUUGAUAUAUUGUUCCUACAAAGUAUUGAACUUCCGCUUUCUCACUCUAAAGAAGGAGGAAUUAAAACUACCACCUCCAGCUUUUUAUUAUUUUGAUAAGAGUUUGUUACUUAUUACUAAAACAAAGUGGUCUUUGAGUUUAAAGAGCACAAAUUCUAGAUCUUUCAUACUCAUAACAGGUGAAGAAGAGUCUUUACUUCAGUUGACGAGGAAUGGACCUGCUUUUCAGGAAGUAGACGCUCAAGGUUGGCUUCCUCUUCAUGAAGCAGCAGUACAACCAAACAAGACUAUUCUAGAAAUUACUUUGAAAGCCUCACACCCUACUGUCUGGCAACGGACCAACCUGAAAGGAGAAACUCCUCUGUUUCUAGCUGUGGACAAAUGCCUUGUGGAAAAUGUCAAUGUCCUGCUAAUCAAUGGGUUUGAUCCUGAUACUAAGAAUGAAGAAGAAGAUUCUGCUUUAAUUAUUGCAAUUAAACAUGAAUCGUAUGAAAUUGCUUCCUUACUGAUACAAUUUGGUGCCAAUACCAAUCUACAGUGUAUCAACAAAAGGACAGCUUUACAUGAGGCAGCCAGAUUAGGCUUGAAAGAUAUGGUGGAAUUAUUGCUUUGGUCGAAAGCAGAUCCAGAUCCACGAAGUUCAUAUGGGCUCACCCCUCUAGCAUUGGCAGCACAGAAUGGGCAUACAGAAAUUCUGGAACUCCUACUGCGCAAAGGUGCCAACAUCCUUUCCCAAGCAUCAGAUUCUGCAUCUAUAUUAUUUGAGGCUGCUGGAGGAGGAAACCCAGAUUCCAUCUCUCUCCUACUAGAAUAUGGAGCUGAUGCCAAUGUACCAAAGCAAUCCGGUCAUCUUCCUAUCCAUAGAGCUGCUUAUAGAGGUCAUUUCUUGGCUUUACAGAUUUUGAUCCCAGUCACGGAUAUCAGUGCCAUAAAGGAGAGUGGAAUCAGCCCACUUCACUCGGCGGCAGCAGGAGGACAUUCUCAGUGUCUUGAAUUUCUACUCAAAUCUGGGUUUGAGGCUAAUUUUAUGUUGCAUCGAAGAAUUCAGAAAAACUACGAUGAUGAGAGAAGGUCAGCCCUGUAUUUUGCAGUCUCUAAUGGGGAUAUUGAGUCCGCUCAUUUGCUCCUGGAUGCCGGAGCCCUACCAAAUCAAGACCCCGUUAAUUGCCUCCAAGUGGCCUUGAGAAUGGGUAACUAUGAACUCAUCAGUCUCCUGCUUCGCCAUGGAGCCAACGUGAAUUACUUUUGUAGAAUCAAUACCACCCAUUUUCCAUCGGCCUUACAGUACACACUGAAAGAUGAAGUCCUGUUAAGGAUGUUGCUGAAUUAUGGAUACAAUGUUUCCAGCUGUUUUGAUUGUCCUCAUGGAGACAGCAAGCAUUCCAAGUACUUAUUUGAAGGGUGGACCUCAACUGUUAUAAAAGACACAAUGUUCUGUGAAGUGAUUACACUGUCAUGGUUAAAGCACCUGUCCGGGAAGGUAGUGCGAGUGAUGCUAGACUAUGUAGAUCAUAUUAGAAUAUGCUCUAAACUUCAAGAUACUCUUCGAGAACAAAAACUGUGGCCAGAAAUCAAUGCAAUUUUGUCAAACACACGUUCUUUGCAACAUCUUUGCCGUCUGAGAAUCCGGAAAUGCUUAGGACGUUUACGUCUGCGCUGUCCUGUCUUCCUGACAUUUCUGCCAUUACCAAACCGCUUGAAAGAAUAUAUCCUCUAUAAGGAGUAUGACCUCUAUGGACAAGGACACCUAAAAGGAAUCUACUAAGUCAAAUGCAUAAAAGUGCAGUUGGAAGAUAUCCUAUAUAUAUAAAUGAACGAAGAUAUUAAAGCAUGUUUAAAAUAGAAUUCUAGUUGGUACUAAUGUCUGCCUGCUUUAUAUGACAGUACAAAAAAGUACUGUUUUGUUAAUGGAACAAAACACC